GCGCGAGCCGCUGCGGCCUCCCGCGGCUCGGGAGGCGACUCCGGGGACUCAGGCGAACGUCGCGGUUCUGGAGUUGCAGCUGGCGGAGGCGAGGGCACGAGUGAGGCUCCACGCGAAGCGACUCUCCAGCAGCAUGCUGACGGCAAUGGAGGCAGAGGCCUCGCGACUCCAUGCCCAAUUGCUGACGGCACAGAUCGAACAGACGAAGCGGGAGAUUUGUGCGCAACGUUUCCAGGCGCCCUCCCCGGCACCCAGUCAGCCUUCGAGUACGGCUCUGGGUCAGCUGCCCGAUCCGACGCCUUGCCCAGCGACGGUCACCGACAGGGCCUCCGCCUCGGCUGCCGUCCCGGCUCUCCACCCAGAGCCCAGCCCGGCCCCGCGGGUGACAGUGUACGCGGACGACGUGGUACGCUGGUGCCCGGCGCCGAAGUUGGCCCGAAGCGGCGCAGAGAGACCCCCGACGCCACUGGAGGCGGAUCUGUACUUCGAGCCGGACUUCGUGCCGAACUGGGACCCCCCGGACGAGGAGCUGGCCUCACAGCCAGACGCCCUGGACGAAGAGAUGGGCUCGUACCUCGCCGCCCCGGGCGGAUCCCUGGAAGUCUUCCCCCUUCGCCUGCGGCUCGGCGCCCCGCUCGGCGCGGAGGCCGCCCAGGCGUCGGCCGGGCGCCCCAUAGCCGACGCUCGGCCCAGCGCCCUGCCCAGCGGCCAGCCCAGCGCCCUGCCCCGCUGCACGACCGCCGCCCCGACCGACGCGCGGCCCGACGCCCUGCCUGGCUGCCGGCCCGGAGUCCAGCCCGGCUGCGAGCCCGACGCCCUGCCCAACUACCAGCAGCCAGGCGCCCCGGCCGACGCCCAGCCCAGCGCCCUGCCAGGCUGGGAGCACGGCGCCCCCGGCGACGCCCAGCCCGACGCCCUGCCCGGCUGCCAGCCCGGCGCCCCGGCUGACGCUCGGCCCAGAGCCCUGCCCGGCUACCAGCCCGGCGCCCUGCACGGCUGCUCGCCGGGCGCCCCAGCCGACGCCCAGCCCAGCACCCUGCCCUGCGGCGUGCCCGGCUGCAAGCCCGGCGCCCUGCCCUGCUAUCAGCCUGGCGCCCCAGCCGACGCCCAGCUCGGCGCCCUGCCCGGCUGCGAGCACGGCGCCCCCGCUGACGCUCAGCCUGGCGCCCUGCCCGGCGCGCAGCCCGGCGCCCUGCCCGGCUGCCAACCCAGCGCCUGCAGCGACGCCCAGCCCGACGCCCUGCCCGGCUGCCAGCCCGGCGCCCCGGCCGACCGGCCCAGCGCCCUACCUGGCUGCCAGCCCGGCGCCCUGCGCGGCGGCACGCCGGGCUGGCGCCCUGCCGGGCCUGCCUGCCUGCUCAGCGACGCCCUGCCCGGCGACCAGCAGCCUGGCGCCCCAGCCGACGCCCAGCUCGGCGCCCUGCCCGGCUGCGAGCCCGGCGCCCCCGCUGACGCCCAGCCUGGCGCCCUGCCCGGCGCGCAGCCCGGCGCCCUGCCUGGCUGCCAACCCAGCGCCCCCGGCAACGCCCAGCCACGCGCCCUGCUCGGCUGCCAGCUCAGCGCCCCGGCCGACGCUCGGCCCAACGCCCUGCCCGGCUACCAGCCCGGCGCCCUGCGCGGCUGCACGCCGGGCGCCCCGGCCGACGCCCAGCCCGGCACCCUGCCCUGCGGCGAGGCUGGCGCCCUGCUUGGCUGCCUGCCCAGCGACGCCCUGCCCGGCUGCAAGCCCGACGCCCUGCCCAGCUACCAGCAGCCCGGCGCCCCAGCCGACGUCGGCGCCCUGCCCGGCUGCGAGCCCGGCGCCCCCGCUGACGCCCAGCCUGGCGCCCUGCCCGGCGCGCAGCCCGGCGCCCUGCCCGGCUGCAAACCCAGCGCCUCUGGCGACGCCCAGCCCGACGCCUUUCCCAGCUGCCAGCCCGGCGCCCCGGCCGACCGGCCCAUCGCCCUACCCGGCUACCAGCCCGGCGCCUUGCACGGCUGCACGCCGGGCGCCCCAGCCGACGCCCAGCCCGGCACCCUGCCCUGCAGCGAGGCUGGCGCCCUGCCCGGCAGCCUGCCCAGCGACGCUGCCUGCGCCCUGCCCGUCGUCCGGCACGGCGCCGGGCCCCGAGCGCAGGCCGUCGUGAGCUACACCUCUGCGUCGUCUGGCCCGUCGGGCCCCUCGCGAUCACAGCAGCAGUGCAGCGCGGAAUACCUAGCCGUGUUGGCGAAGAUCAGGGCAUGGAACGAGAACGGGGUGGAGGCCCGCACCAUUCUGGAACGACUAGACCACAGCGCGGAGCGCCUGCAGCGCAGGGGCACG